AUGUCGAUUCUAAUAUUUGGAGAGGGGAAUAAGCAAGAGUUCGAAUCCUCCAUUAAAAAUGUUCUAGAUCAAUCAUUCAAAGAUUAUGAUGUUCUCAUAUUAGUUAGAAAUAACGAAGAAGUGAAUUCAAUCAGAAGAUUCUUAUUAAAACAAUACUAAACAUUAUUUGCAACGUAGGUGAAAUAUCAAUUAACGAAAGAUUUGAAUGACUUUACUGGAAAAAUUGAAUAUUCUUUGAAAAAAAUGAAGGGCUAGUUCAUAACCCUAUAUCAUGUAAAAACAAUAAGUUUUCCAGAAAGAUUCAAUAAAUUAUCAAAUGUCUUGAGGAGUCACUAAAUAUCAGCACUGGUGUCUGAUCUUGAGAUAAAAAAUCACAAUAAUGAUCAUCUAUCAAAUAAAUAGCCGAUCUUGAGAGACUAUAGUCGAAGUCUAAAUAAUAUAUUUUUCUCAGUUCAACCAGAGUUAGAGUUUACAUUGACUAUAAAAAAAUAAUUUUUAGAAGAAAUAAUUUAAAAUACAAAGUAUCUAAAUAGAUUUGAGAUUUUCAAAUAAAUUCGUUCAAAUGGAAACAUAUUUCAAAUACCAGACAAAUUAAUUAAUAUAACCUUUGAUUCUUAUAAGAAAAAGUAUACAAAUGAUUUCGUCUAAGUUCCUCAAAAUGAUAAUAGCAUGUACAAACAAUAUAAUAGGUACUUAUAGAAUAAAAAUGUCAAUAAUUUAACAAAUCGUCAAUUUUCUCAAUUUCUCAAUUGUUCAUAUGACUAUCUUGCAUGCGAUUUAUAAACUCAAGAAAUAGUUCAAUAUCUCUUGAUAGAUUCAUAUCUUAGACUAGAAAACCCAACAUAAGAUUUUUUGAAAUCUAUGAGAGAGAAGAUGCUUUAAUUAAAUCAGAAUAUUAGACAUUAGAUGAGGGUAGCUAAGAAUCCAGGUUAAUAUCCUUUAGUAUCUGUUGUUAUGGCAUGUCAUGACAGAGACUACUUCUUCUUAGAAGCAGUUAGAAGUGUGUUCUAGUUAACAUAUACUAAUUGGGAAUUGCUAAUUGUUGAUGAUGCUUCUCAAAAUCCAUUAACUUAUAGUAUUCUAUAUCUAUUAGAAUGGCAUCCAAAGAUAAGAGUCUCAUAUUUAUAUACAAAUUGGUACUGCAGUUUUACUAAUAAUUUUGCUCUUGCGUAACUUAAAGGUGAUUUUUUUGCACUGCUUGAUGAUGAUGAUAUUAUGGUUGAAGAUAGACUAGAGAGAUAAUUGUCUUAUAUGCAAAAUAAUCCGGAGCUAGAUCUAAUUGGAGCUAAUGGUUUGUUUUACAAUGAAAUUGGCAAUUAUCUUUACGGGCUGUCUAUACUCUGA